AAGAAGCCUGCGCUAUCAGGAGACACGGAGGUGUAGCGUGACGUUCACUUUAACGGGGCACAUGAGAUAUACAUGGAGUAGCCUAUAUUAGAUUACACUAAACAUUUAGACUGCUCUAUGUUCGGCAAUUCUGUCUUAAACCUGAGCGUUGUGUCAUGGAUAUUAUAAUUUCUAGAGAUGCCAAAAUUCACAUGAAGGUUAAAGGCAAAAUUCUUCAGCCCAGCAGCAUCUUCACAACAUAGGCUACGACAGCUGGAAUUGUGAGAUUCGUGACAUCGCCUCUGCUUGAGGAAAAUGGAUGAAACAUUGUAAAGCAUCUCAUAAUAUUCCCCAAGAAGAAUGCUGCAACAGAACAAUAACAAUAACCACCCCUGCCUGGACAUGGCCCAUAGGGAGCUACUGCAUGAAUGCAGAAGAACCAAUGUCUCAUUCACCAGUGCCCUUGAAUUUGGAGCCAUACCCCUGAUUAAAGGCCUCAGAGCAUGGGCCAUGAGUGGCGGCUACUCCAAAGCUAGAAGAAAGGCUGCUACUGCACCUCGGGCACAGGACACAUGCCAACAGCCACCUGAAAACAGGUUGGGGCAGAAAAGCUGGUCAGGUCAGAUUAGCAGUGCCUAUGGGCAGACACUGGAGACUACAACUAGUACAACAAGAACUCCAGGUGUCAGGCAAGGUGGCCUUGGUGCUCUUGUAACUGUGGCCACUUUGAAAGGCACGGAGGGGGGUGGUAGGCAGACUCAGACACGGUGUCUCUUUCUCAAGGCCCAGGGAAGAGGCAGCUACAUCUGUGCUGUUGGAAACCAAGGGGCGGGGAUGAGAGUCAUUGGUCCACAUUCUCAUAGUGUCAUUCUGGAGGGUACAAAGGAAGAAGUCAGAAGUUCCUCCAGGGGACCAAGGGUUAGCCACGAUGGGACAGAUGAUGGUGGGGUUCUCAAGGCCAAGCCAAGGGCCAUAAGAAAGUGGAGAAAGUGCAGUAAAACAGCAGGCUCAGCAAAAAUGGCUAAAGUGGACAUCCCCAGUGAAUGUCGUGAGCCGGGACAUGGUGACCAAAACAAUUCUGUAAUCUCAGAAGUCACCUUAGAGCCAAUUAACAGAACAUCACAUAAGACAAUGCCAGACAGAAUAACGCAAUGUGAGAAAGAAAAGAAUAGUAUGGAAGGUAGCAAUACCAUCUCUCCAGGUAGUCAGCAAAGUCAGGAAGAUGUCACAGAGUUGAGCAAAGACGAAAGGGCUCAUUCACCCACAUCAGUGGAUACUGUUGCACCUGAAAGCACGGACCCACAAUCCUGCUGCUCUUCUGCUAAACUAUGUACCAAUACACAUGAGCAGAUAAAGGCUGGGAUGGGUAUUAGUCCAUCCUAUAAAUGUUUUGAAAGUUGUGAAGGACCCAGCUGUGCCAAAGAUGAUGCACAAAGAGACACUGAGGUCAGCAAAUGUGAAACUGACCUUGAUUCAAAUGAACAUCAGAAUAUUGAGUCAGAAAACAAAGAUAAAAACUUUGUUGCUGAUGUGCCAAAUUUAGAAGGAUCAUAUGUAGUAUCUAAGGCCGCUCAGACUCCCUUUGAUAGUCCAAGAGUAAAACAGACCAUAAUAAACUGUAGUACAGAGCCAAGCUUAGGUCACACACUCAUGAAGACUUCCUCUGAAAUCCCGUUCAGCAACAUUCACGAACAUCAAAUAUCUAGGACAAACGAUUGCUUACUGAACUGUGAGAAUCAACAUUCUGUGGAGGCUGGCGAUGUCACAACACAAAGAGGUGGGACUCCAGACACAAUGAUGCCGGAGGGCUUCACAGGGCAAGUUCACAAUCUAGUGGGAGUUGAAAGCAACACUUUAGAGAAGAAGUGCAAGCCGCCCAUGUGCUUACCUCAGCAUUGGGAGGAAUUAAUCACAGAACAUUGGGAACUUGAAGUUCAGCAGUCUGACAAAUCCUCUUCACGAGGCUUUAGCACACCACCAGCCAGUAUCACUGUAACCACUAUUCACUCCCUACCUAAUCCUGCCCCUACCAGCACCGCAGACAUAGCAACAGCCAUCCCAGCACUAAACAAGGGGGAGGCGGGGGCUAGAGGUGGAGACUUGCUGCCACUCACAAACUCAGAGUUGCAAUCAGAGCCAGAAAGAGUUGACGACAGGGACAAGGUGGCCACUUGCGAGGAGUCUCUUCAUGUGGGCAAGGAGGAAAAGGCGGAUGAGGAUGAGUUUGGGGCUUUCAUGCAGGCAGGUGGAGAGCAGCUCUGGACAGAUAGGUUCCAACACUUGGCUACUGGAGAGGAUUACAAGAGUGGGGAACUUUCAAGUUCCACUCAUGCAAAUGAACCUACAUCCUGGACAUCUGAUUGGACGGUAGUCCAGUCAUUCCAGCAAACAGAGAGCACGUGGACUGCCUUCAGCCAGAAGACUGUGGAGCAGAAGAUAGUGCCUGGUGGUCAGUGGUGGCCUUUAACUGUGGAAAAGCAAACCCUCUCUCCUCUUUGUGAUGUGUCAAGUGUGUUUCAAGAAGCCUUUCCCUUAGAAAAGCCUUCCUGUCAAGAUCCUGAUUACAUUCCUACACUAAAACAGCUUCUGCAAGGACCAUCUAAAAACAGCAAUACAGGCAAGCCUAGGGAGCAGAGCUUACUUGACGGCCUCCAGGAUCUGGACAGGAUGAUUGGUGUGAAAUAUAAGAGGGCAGAGUCUCUGUCCUGUAAACUUCUCCUUCAGUCUUUGCAUUUGGGACGUCCCAGUUCUGAAUGUGUGGCAGUUCAAGUGAAGACCAGUGCCAGGUUUUCUCCAAAUCUCCCAAUAUCCAACCAGCAGUUAGCUGCAAAUGCUAAGAGAAGACUGUCUUAUGACUGCAACAGAAAUAUCAUGACUUAAGUCCCAUAUCUCCUGAAACGUCUUUGAGCUAUGCUUCCCUGAAAACAGGAAACAGUUCAAUUCAUAAAGAGGAAUAAUACAUGUUGAAAAACUGUAUAGUAGCUGAUUUUCCCUGGAUUGAUUCUGUUCAAGGUUUAUUUAAAGCGUAUAUUUAUUUUUUCACUGUCUGUUCUCACCGAUAGAUUCUGUUUUCUCAUUCAUCUUUGUAUCUAAAAACACAAGACCUAUGUUCAACAAAAUAUAUGUUUUUGAGUAUGUCAGACUAUUGGGGGUUAAAUUAGGACAAACAUACAUGACCUAAUGACAAAGAACUAAAAUGUCUGCCAAAUUGUGAUGUACAAGUAUGAGAAAACUUGUGCAGGGUUGAAUCUGGUUAUUCAUUUGCAUAAACAAUAUUGUUUACAUGUGUGUAUAACUUUCGCUCAUUGCUAUGAAUUAUGUUUUUAAGAAAUGAUAAUUUCAAUAUUUUGAUCAUUUUAUUUUCACAGGGAUGCAGGUUCAAAUCCUGCCUGUGUCACGUCCCCAUCCCUUCUUUUCCUUCACUUUCCUAUCUACAUGUCUUAAAUGUUAAAAGCAAGAAACCGUAAAUAAAUUAUUACUUUGAGGGUUAAGAUGGGGAUUAAGAUUACUUUCCAGUGUCUGAAAGUUCCCCUUACACCUGAUAACUGUCAAAAGGAAGCAAAUAAAAAAAAAGUAUUUUCAUACAUGCCAGCAGUAACCUCUAAGUGAAAUCCAUUUUCUUGUCUUUUUUCCCCCGUGCUUUAAAUGCUAAAUAUGAAAUUGUAGUGUAUCAUUUUAAACUAAGGAAUUCCUAAAGAAUAGAGACCAUAUUUUCAAAUUAUUCAAGUGUUUUAAAAUGAAUGUUAACAUUUUAAAUUGAGACUGUAAGCUUGUUUGUCGAUUGAUGUAAUUAAAUGUUGAAUUUUCAGAAUGUGACUUUGUUAGUGACUUAGUGAGAGCCUGAGAAAACAGUUACCUGAGCAU